AUGUCUGAGCUGGAGAAGGCCAUGGUGGCCCUCAUUGACAUCUUCCAUCAGUAUUCCGGGCGAGAGGGUGACAAGCACAAGCUGAAGAAAUCAGAGCUCAAGGAACUCAUCAACAACGAGCUCUCCCACUUCCUGGAGGAAAUCAAAGAACAGGACGUGGUGGACAAAGUCAUGGAAGCGUUGGAUGAAGACGGAGAUGGAGAGUGUGACUUCCAGGAAUUUAUGGCCUUCGUCUCCACGGUGACCACAGCCUGUCACGAGUUCUUUGAACACGAGUGA